AUGUUCUGGACACUGCUGUGCGCAACUGUCGCCUUUGCGUCCUUACCGGCAGAUGCGCAAAUCUCCGGCCGGUAUGUGAUCGGAUGUCCCGCUCGGUGUGACAAAUCGAUGUGUCCACGGUUACCCACGGACUGCCCCGCGGGACAGACCCUCGACGCGUGCCACUGCUGCCCGGUGUGCGCAUCCGCAGAGGGCGAAGCCUGCGGCGGCAGCGGCAAACUCGGUGACCCGGUGUGCGGAGAGGGGCUGGAGUGUUCGGUAUCCGGUGGGGUUGGAUUCACAGCCACGGUUAGAAGGAGAAGCAAGAAUGGGAUUUGUGUGUGCAAAACCACCGAGCCGGUUUGUGGAAGCGAUGGGGUGUCCUACCGGAAUAUCUGCGAGCUGAAGAGGGUGAGCCGGCGGGCCCAGAAGCUGCAGCAGCCACCUGUUCUGUUCAUUCAGAGGGGAGCCUGUGGGAAAGCUCAGGACAAUCCAGACAGCCCAAGACACAAAUACAACUUCAUUGCCGACGUGGUGGAGAAAAUUGCUCCGUCUGUGGUUCACAUUGAACUUUACCGCAAAAUGACGUAUUCUAAGCGAGAAGUUGCUGUGGCCAGUGGUUCUGGCUUUGUGGUGUCAGAAGAUGGCCAGAUUGUGACCAAUGCCCAUGUCGUAGCCAAUAAACACCGGGUGAAGGUGGAACUGAAGAGUGGUGCCUCGUAUGAUGCGAAAAUAAAAGAUGUGGACGAGAAAUCGGACAUCGCGCUCAUCAAGAUAGAUGCACCGACUAAGCUUCCUGUGCUGUUAUUGGGGCGUUCAUCAGACCUGAGACCAGGGGAGUUUGUGGUCGCUAUCGGGAGCCCGUUUUCCCUCCAGAACACAGUCACGACAGGAAUCGUCAGCACCACUCAGCGAGGGGGCAGAGAGCUGGGGCUUCGCAACUCCGACAUGGACUACAUCCAGACUGAUGCCAUCAUCAAUUAUGGGAACUCCGGAGGGCCUCUUGUAAAUCUGGAUGGUGAGGUAAUUGGGAUCAACACAUUGAAAGUGACAGCUGGCAUCUCUUUUGCCAUACCCUCAGACAAGAUUCGACAGUUCCUGGCAGAAUCCUAUGACAGGCAGGCCAGAGGGAGGACAGCUGCUAAGAAUAAGUACAUUGGUGUGAGGAUGAUGACUCUCACUCCAGCGCUGGCCAAAGAGCUGAAGACUCGACACCGGGACUUCCCUGACAUCACGUCCGGAGCUUAUGUUAUGGAAGUUAUCGCAAAGACACCGGCUGCAGCUGCUGGACUGAAAGAGCACGAUGUCAUCAUCUCUAUUAAUGGCCAGAGGAUCUCAUCAGCAACAGAUGUCAGCGCUGCCAUCAAGAGGGAUGACACCUUGAGGGUAGUUGUACGCCGUGGAAAUGAAGACGCUAUCCUCACUGUUGUUCCCAUAGAGGUUGACCCUUGACCCUCCAUGACACUUAGCACAGGAGCUGGAGCUAGUUUUUACUUAUCACCAGUGGACCUUAAAUGAUAAACUGGAGGGGGGGAUUCUACUGACACACCCUCCCCCUGUGGCCAAAGGCCAGUUGUGCCACACAUCCAGAAAAAUUCUGACUUUGUCUUGAAAGAAACAACUGUACAGAUGCCCUAACGGCAGUGCUGUACUGUUCAGUGUUUUCACUUUUAGUCGUUAAUGCUUUGAUCAAUGCUACUGUUUGGAUCUCAAACUAAGAAGUUGGUUAUUAGCAUAUUGAUUUUUUUUUGUUUUGUCUUGUUUUGCUUCCUUUUGUGCAUUGUUUUUUUAAUAUGGGAUUUGCUCAGUCAGGCCUUCCACUGCAAUUUUAAGCAAUUUUGAGACUCACUGGGUAAAUCUGAUUUGUAUAAUUAUUGUUUUCUAAACUCCUUUUUUAAAGUACUGUAGAUUUUUUGUUGAUUAUUUGAUGCAUACUGAGAAGAAAAUAAAGGGUUUACCUUCUUUUGUUUUGACAUUGA